AAUCUGUGAAAAUAUAAAUUAUUGUAUAAUUGUGAAAAAAAAAAGAAUUCUAAUUUGAAAAUAAAAUCUGUAUUAUUGCUAAGGUGGUAGUGUAUGGUGUUUUUCAAUUUUUGUAUACGUUAGUAAAAGAAUUAAGUUCUGACAAUUUUAUGCUUAAGUUUUCAAAUAUUUUUUUAAUUUUUUUUUCUUGUUUAUAUUUGUUUUGCAUAUUAUAUUUGUUUUUUGUUGUCUGCAUUGCUUCUCUGAGCUGCUUGUAUAUUUUUGUUGAUUAUAUUUUGUUUCAAAUUGCUUCCAAAUUAAAGGCUAACAAUAUGUAAUAUAGUUUGUUUUUUUCUUUGUAUUUUUUUAAUGUGAUUACAACACUACGGAUUAAGUUUUUGUCUUAAAAUAUCUGAUGUUUUUAUUUGAGAAAAAGGAACUUCUUUAUUUUCAUUUAAGGCAGUUCAAAUAUUGUCUUAAAAGAUUGCAAUUUUUCCUUGUCAAAUAAAAUAAUCCCCGUCUCUACCCAUACUUGAAAAAAAGACCCAUUCUCUAAAUUUGCAGUGUGGAACUCAAACUUUUGAUAAGCACAUGUAGCUACUGACGCACUACAAAAAAACAAUGUUAGUAGUUGUAUUAAGCAGUGAACAUUUUGCAAUAGUUUCACAAUAAUGAAAAAAUGAAAAUGAUUACUGCAAAAAGAUGUACAGCCAUGGAUGAAUAAAAGCAAAAGCAAUCAUAUUAAAAAAUGCUUGUUGGUGUGGCAAGGACAAUUCAAUGUAACUUCGAAGACUUAAACACAUUAAUUUAUAAAUUAAUUUUUUUAAUUUCUUUAACGCUUUAAAAGAUGCCAGCUAAAAUUGUAAUCUUUGCAUCCUGUUUUUUUGUUUUUGUAUAAACAACUACAUCAUAAGGAUCAAUUUUAAUCUCCUUUGAAGUUGAAUAUAAAUCCAUAAAAAGCACUAGAACUUACAAAAUCAAAUUUAAACGGCCACCUUGGCUUAACUAAAAAAAGCUGAUGAUAUAAAUAUUAAACCAACUUGUUGGAAUGAAAACAUAUGGUUCCAAGUUGUAUUUUCACAAUAUGUGUUUUUAAAUACUUUAGAUACAAUAUAUAGGUGAUAAAAAGGUCUAAUGCUAUAAUAAAAUAUUAACUGUUUCUUUGUAUUGGACUUUUACAUGGCCAGAAAAGAUGUUGGCUUUCAUAAAUGUUUGAAAAUAUUAUUCGAAUUUUGUUAUUUCAUAAAUUAAGAAUUAUAAUUAUUAUUUUUUGCAACAAACAUUUUUCACAUUAUUGAAGAAGGCAUUAUUUUCUUUAGUUGAAACUUAUCUUAAAGAAAAUGCAUUUGUUAUUAGGCGAGUUUUGUUGAAUCUGUUUAACCUUUUUUUUAUCUUCUCUUUGAUCUCCUGUUUUUUACCAGUCGCAAUGAAUGUUACUAGAAAUUUAAACUAAAAUUCUUACCUUUGUCGCAAAGAGAACAAUGACAACUUUGAAGACUCAUAAACCCGAUUCUCUAUCCAUUGGCUCAAACAAUAAGUCACCAGGGUUUGGUAUGGAUGAAAGUGUAUCUUAUUUAGUUUUUUCGUCAACACCAACUGGCAGACAUUUUUUUGACGAACAUAGUGCAUCAUUGCCCGACAUUUUAAUUAACAGCAAUCAGGAUGAAAAUGCUUUAGUGGUAAAAGUGGAUGGUACUGUUUCUGAUGAUACAUUUGAUGAAAGACAGUUCAGGGAUAAUCUUGAUGUGAAUGAAAAGGAAAAGGAAGAAGAGGAAGAGGAAUACAAAAUGAAAGAAGGAACUGCGGAAAAUGAAAUUAACACUUCAGAAUCUGAUGUUGAAAGCAAUAACACAAGAAUGGAAGAAAAACAUACAAGACUAAAGAAACCAAAACUUUCCAAGUUUUUUAAAAAACGCAUUUCAUGGAACAACAAAGAUAAAAAUGAUAAUAAAUUAUCCGUUAUCAGAAGUAAAAGCGAAGUUGAUCUCUCUAAGUAUGACAAGGAAAGUAAUUUAAGUCCAAGACUAGGAAAAAAUAAGUAUAAAAUGUUUGGAAGCACAUCAGACUUGCAUGAUGUGAUUGAUAAAAUGUGUGAUAAUGAACAAAAUAGCAACUCACCAAAUUCACCUGCUAAAGAAAUGAAAUUCUUUAAAGGAAGUUUAGAGAGGUCAAACAAGUUUUAUUCUGAUGAGAAGCGAGGCUCCAUGGCUGAACUGGCACAGCUGCUCAGUUCUGCAAAGAAAGUCUCAAGACUUGGUGGUUCCAAAGGUCAAAUAUGGGACUCACUGCUGUCUGUUAUUUUAGUGAAAGGAAAAGAUUUAAAAGCAAUGGAUUCCACAGGUUUUAGCGAUCCUUACGUUCGAUUCAAGCUUGGUAAUGACAAAUAUAAAUCAAAGGUUUGCAAACAAACUUUAUCUCCAGCAUGGCAUGAACAGUUCGAUAUGAAAAUGUUUACUGGUAAUGGUCCAAUGCCUACCCUGGAAGUCACAGUGUGGGAUAAAGAUUCUGGUAAAGACGAAUUCAUGGGGAGAACCAGUGUUGAUCUAUCAGACUUAGAAGCGGAAAAAUCGCAUUAUUUGGAAUUGGGUUUGGAAGACCAGCCUGCCACAAUUUGUUUAUAUGUCUCUAUCACUGCACAAAGCUUACCUGGUUGUUCGUCAGAUUUGCAAACUUACGAAGAAGAUCCGGAUAAAGCACAGGAUAUAAAAUCAGACUACUCACUUUUAAAUACUGCGAAAUCUUUCAAACAAAUUGGCUGGCUACAGUUAAAGCUUCAUCGUGCGGUCGGUUUAGCUGUAGCUGAUUUGGGUGGAGCCAGCGAUCCAUUUGCUGUUAUAGAGCUUGGAAAUCAAAGAUUGGUCACACCAACUAUAUAUAAAACCUUGAAUCCACAGUGGGAUAAAAUAUAUGAAUUAAUAGUAUACGACAUUCACGAUGUCAUCGAAAUCACUGUAUUUGAUGAAGACAAAAGAGGAGCACCAGAAUUUCUAGGGCGUGUUCGAAUUCCACUUUUAUCGAUCACCUCCUGGGAGAAGAGGUUGUACCAACUCAAAGAUAAACGUCUACAAUGUCAAGCUAAAGGUCAUCUGAUCAUGUCAUUGGCUGUGGUAUAUAACCCUAUCAGAGCAAGUAUACGUACGUUUAACCCAAAGGAGGAUAGAAUUCUAGACGAAACGCCGCGUUUUAGAAGACAGUUACUGCAACAAAAUGUGGACCGACUCACCAACCUGAUACGUAGUAUCAUAGCAACAGGAGAAUUCAUUCAAAGCUUAUUUACGUGGAAGUACAAACUACGAAGUGCGUUUGCUUUUUCGAUUUAUAUAUUGCUGGUGAUGAAUUUUGAUUGGUUCAUGCUACCGCUCAUAUUAUUCUUAGUCUUAUUAAAGAAUUAUAUCGUGUUUAUGUUAUCACCGAAUCGACAAAAUCAAGAUGAUGAGGCGCAAACUGUCGAGGAUGACGAUGACGAUGAUGAUGAUGACGAUAAACCAAAGAAGGGUAGAGCAAAGACAUUUCGUGAAAAACUUGAAGCGAUCAACAACAUUUGCAUGUUGGUGCAAAACCACAUGGAUAAUGUCGCAUCGUUUGGUGAGAGAAUCAAGAAUACGUUCAAUUGGACAAUACCAUUCUUAUCAUAUUUAUUAAUGGUGAUCUUGUUGUUGGGAACAAUUGUACUGUAUAUGGUUCCGCUUCGUUACUUACUGUUAGCAUGGGGUAUCAAUAAAUUCACGAAAAGAAUACGCAAACCAAACGCCAUUCCAAAUAACGAGUUGUUGGAUUUCUUAUCGCGAAUUCCAUCUGAUCCUGAAGUGAAACGAAGGCGGCCAUUUAAAGCUGACUCCGUACUGAGGUAGCACGUGACUUGCUGAUAUCGUGUGUGAUUGGUGAGUUGAAAGCAUAAAAAAAUCAGUUACCCAAACUGAACUGAACAUUACAUCAUUUGGCAAUAUGAUGUUUUCCUAUCAGACAAAAGCUUUUUUUCAUAUUUUAACCGGUUUUGUAUAGGGAUGAAGUUUGAGCGGUUUAUUAUUGUCUUGCGUUGUCCCUUAGAAAUUGUUUUGUAUUCUGCUCGAUAAGCUUAUUAUUUGUCGGUAAUGGCAAAAGAAGUAACCUUGGUUAAUCAAGGCUGGUCCUUGCAGUUACCUCCCCUAAUGGGAAUGGGAUAUUUAAAUUGACUCAAUGUGUGAAGUUUCUAUCACUAUAUUCAUAAUUUACUUGGAUUAUUUUAAAAUACAAACAUCCAGUUACUUUACUUGGAUUAUUCUAAAAUACCAUCAUCCAGUUUUGUGUAUUAAUUGUAAUAUUGUCUGGGAAAAAUCUAUUUGCUAUGGUGAGAAUCUUUCAAGUACUCGUAUGGAUGGUGGUGGAAGGUGAUACAAAGAUUGGGUAAAUUUCAAAUGCCUAAAAGUUUGUGUGUUCGUUUUUUGUGUUUCUAGAUUGUGUUAAAAGUUUCGCAUGCACACUCGUUAUGUGUUCUCCAUCAAACAUUGAAACUCAAUUAGAAUUAUUUAAAACAAUAUAUUGUAUGUUUCUAUGUAUAUACGUUUAGUUACAUUUUUGUAAUUUAUAAUUUCUCCAUUUUUCUUCAGCAUAUAAAAUACACACAGUUACAUGUUUUGUGAUCGCGAAAUUUUGUUCCUUUAAGAAAAUUUCGCGGUUUUCCCUAGAGACUGCGAAAUUAUUCAAAAUUUUAAUUUGGCGAUUGUUUUUUCUAAAAAAAGCAAAUUAUUUAUUCUUGUUUCUGUUUUUUUUUUAUUUGCAACUAAAUAUCAGAUAAAAUAGUAAACCUUGAAAAAUAAUUUCGCUUUGAUAAUUAUCGCAAAUUUAUCGCUAAAAAUUUGCAAAUAAUUUGACUGACGAAAGUUUUUUUAAAAGGGUUGUGAGGAAAACAUUGGUGGGUAACGUUUUUAUAGGUUAUUGCGAAAAAUGUCAUUAUAAGAAUAGAUAAACGCAUUCAAUUGCUCCAUCGAGUUACUACGCUUACUGCUGUACGUUUUUUGCAGUUAAAAUGAAAUGAAAUUAUUUUGUAAUACGCGUACACACACACAAAAACAUAAAAGCUUGUUGUGUUUGAAUUUUCAAAAACUGUAACUUGUAACUAUUACACUAUUUUUCAUAAUAUAUAAACAAGAAUUAUCAAUUU